AUGGGGAAUCAGCAUAAACCAACUCCUUCCAAAACACCUGAGCUUCAGAGCGCAAUCGAAUAUUACUGGAAGAUGAAGCGGAAUGACAAAUUCAUUCUCGAGCAGCUCAAGAAACAUCACAUUGAUUUAUCUCGCUACGGUCUUGAAAUAAAGGCUUUCCGCAAAAUUCGAGAACACUUUGGUUUCUUUCGUGUCCGAAAACAGGGCCACACCGUGGAGACAAUUGGUGACGCCGUAGCUCGGAUUCGCGUCAUCUAUCCAAAAGCUGGUGGCCGAGACAUGGUCAACCUGUUGUUCAAUGAAGAGAAUAUGAUGGUUUCAAGCGGGAUAGUAAUGGAAUUCUUUCAUCGUUUUGAACCUGAUCUGGUACGAGAACGUUGCCAUGGGCAUUUCAAACGAAAGCAGUUUUGGGCUGCUGGAGUGAACAAUUUGUGGGCCGUGGAUCAGCACGAUAAGUGGAAAUAUAAAUUCGGUCUCGCAUUGCACACUGGGAUUGAUCCUUUCAUCGGGUAUAUCCAUUGGAUGAAGAUUUGGUGGAAUAAUAGUAACCCGUGUCUCAUUCUAAGCUACUAUCUAGACGCAAUUCAAGAACUACAAUUCAUUCCAUUGGUCAGUCAGAGCGACCCAGGAUCCGAGACUGUCAGAAUUGCAAACGGGCAUACCACAUUGCGACACCUGCACGACCCCAAUCUUGCUGGUACCUCGCAGCACCGCUACAUGCGCAAGAAGAAAAAUGUUAUGCCGGAAAUCACUUGGAGCAUGAUGCGCCGUCGAUUUACACCUGGUUUCGAGAAUAUUCUCGAUGAAGGAGUGAAUAAUGGCUGGUACGAUACUGGCAACCUUCUGCAGGCGCUUGUAUUUCGGUGGGUGUUUAUCCGCUGGUUACAAGCAGAGUUAGAAGGGUACCAAAAUCGUGUCAACAUGACUGCGAAACGCCAGGAUCGUAACAAGAUCCUGCCACACGGCGUCCCACAGCACAUGCUGGAGUAUCCCGAGGAAUAUGCAGUGCUUGACUUCAAGAUCAAAGUCCAGCAACAGCAUAUUGACGCAGUGCGGCAAGAAUAUGCGUCACCUGAUCAUGACAUUUUCAACCUUGUUCCGCCCGACUUUGACGCGCUGAUUAGUGGAUUUUAUCAAGAGAUUGGGAAGCCAGCUGUCAAUCGUGAGACGUGCUGGGAAAUCUAUCAUCAGCUGCUUGAUCGCUUUGAACACUUGGAAGAGAUUCACAACAUGGAAAGCAAUGUUGAUGAGUUGUGGGGUUUUGCGCUGAUCCAAGCGGAGGACCAGUAUCUCAACGAGAUUCAGCCCAUCCUGAACUUGCGUCCACUUUGGGGCGAUGAGGAUAUUGUCGGAUUCUAUGUGGGAGGUGUUAACGGUGGCGAAGGGCUUGAUGAUGGGCAUCAAGCUCAUUUGCAGCAGCUUGUCAAUGAUGUAGAACCCAAUGUUCCGGGGGCGGCUGGCAACAAUGACAAUGACAAUGAGGUUGUCCAAGCUUGGUUCUCAGAUGAAGAAGGACCUGAGGAUCUGGCAGCAGCGGAUGAGUGGUAA